CAUGUUUUCUGUGCCGGGUGGUCUUGGAUCUCCUCAGGGCAUGAUUUCCAUGCAACAGCAAGGCUUCCCAAUGAUGUCUGUCAUGCAGCCCAACAUGCAAGGCAUGAUGGGUGUGAAUUACAGCUCUCAGAUGCCUCCUGGAACCAUGACCAUGCAGGGUGGCAUGCCUUUGGGUUCAAUGCCUACAGCUGGAAUGCCAUACAUGGGGCAGGCUCCCUUCCUUGGAAUGCGGCCAGCAGCUCCUCAGUACAUCGCUGAUAUGCGGAAGCAGUUUGUUGAAGAGCAGCAGAAAAGAUAUGAACACCAGCAAAAGUUUUUGGAAGAGGAAAGGAAAAGGCGCCAGUUUGAGGAGCAGAAACAGAAGCUCAGGCUUUUGAGCAGUGUGAAACCAAAGAUGGGUGAGAAAAGCAGAGAUGAUGCAUUGGAAGCUAUUAAAGGGAACCUGGAUGGGUUUUCCAGGGAUGCUAAACUGCACCCUACGCCAACAGCUCACCCCAAAAAUGCAGAUCAUCCCUCACCAUCCCAUUCCACCGUGUCUGUCUCCCAUACCUGUGCCUUUCUUGACGACGAGGAGUUUAGUGACUUUAUGCAGGGGCCCAUCGACCCCCCAGCUCUCGUGCCUCCAACCUCUCCCCGGCCUUUUCAGUCUUGCCAUCCUUCUUCCCCGACUGGGCAAUGGCUUUCAGAGAAGGCUGUGGCCCAGCCUCUCCCUCUAGUCCAGAUUCCAGUGUCCUCCAUCCUCCAUGGUACCAUUGGGCAGGAUCCUUAUUUCUCUACUUCUGCAACUUCACAAAUCACUCAGAAAACAGGCCAUUCCAUGGAAGAGCAGCUUCCACCACCUUGUGGUUUGAAUGAAUUUGGGGAGAUUCAAAGCAAAUUUAAAAUGCCUGAAAUUGAGUUGGAUGCUGCAGCUAUCAACCACCCUGACCAAAAGUUAGUGGCCAAUAACUGCAAGCCCUUAGGGGAGCUGGCAAAUGGCACCCCGAAUGCAGGGGCAAACAAGAUUUCAGAACAAAAGCUAUCAGUCGAACAGCGUGGUGUUGGUGUAUUUCCUUCACAGGACCCAAUCCAGCAGUUGAUGCCCCCGUGGAUUUACAAUGAUAGUUUAGUUCCAGAUCUAUACAAGAAAAUUUUAGAAACCACGAUGACGCCUACUGGGAUAGACACUGGCAAGCUGUAUCCUGUUCUGAUGUCGUCAGGGCUUCCCAGAGAGACUCUUGGGCAAAUAUGGGCCUUAGCCAAUCGCACCACACCUGGGAAGCUUACGAAAGAAGAACUGUAUUCUGUUUUGGCUAUGAUAGCAGUCACUCAGAGAGGAGUUCCAGCCAUGAAUCCUGACAUACUAAACCAGUUUCCAUCUGCCCCCAUCCCUACGUUAAGUGGGUUUCCAGUGACAAUCCCUGUCACGGUGAGCCAACAGCCGAUGAUGUCCCCGGGACCGCCAGUUUCCAUGCCUCUUAGUAUGGGGCCAUCAGUCGUGGGGAUGAACUUGGCUGCACCAGUUGUAGGAUCUGCAACACAGGUUUCCAGUGGCUUUCUGCAAUCUUUCCCUGCACAUCAGGCAGCCAAACCAGAAGAUGAUGAUUUUCAGGAUUUCCAAGAUGCUUCCAAGUCUGGGGGGCUCGACGAUACCUUCACGGAUUUCCAAGGGGAUGUGUCUGGAUCUACUAAGACUACCACGGCGCAGCACCGGAGCAGUGCUGCUCCGAUGCUGAUACCUCUCUCUGGCGCGAAAGUUCCUUCCGGCGUGGAUAAGUACGCAGUUUUUAAAGGGAUUGCUUCUGACAAGCCUGCCGAAGGCCCUGCUUCACUUGGAGAUUACGGAGAUAAAUAUAGCGCUUUUCGAGAGCUGGAGCAGCCAUCUGAGAGUAAACCCCUAGGAGACAGCUCUGCAGAAUUCAAAUCCGCUGGGGCAGAUGACGGCUUCACAGAUUUCAAAACAGCUGACAGCAUCUCACCGCUAGACCCGCCUACAAAAGAUAAAUUGUUCCCCGCACCUUUCUCUUCUCUACCUGCACAAUCAAAGCAGCAACCACAAGCAAAACCUUCUUUCAAUCUGGCUGACCUGAGUCUGUUUUCCUCAGCCUCUGCUGGUGAGAACAGGUCUCCUGCGUUUCCAGUCUCUUACAAUUCAUUGAAACCGGCGCCUUUCCCUGCACCACUGCCCCCAACGGCCACUGCUGCCACCACUUUGCCAAUGCCCAGCAAUAGUUCGAUCUUAGCUGAUGACUUUGCUGACUUCAACCUUUUUGGGGGGCUAUCAAAUUGUCCCCCAGCCCACACUCAGGAUGAAUUUGCAGAUUUCAUGGCUUUCAACAACAGCAGCUGCACAGAGCAGAAGCUGGGUGAAAAAUCCAGCGCUUUCAAACCAGACGCCAGCCCCACUCCUCUGACUGCAAAGAGUGGGCAGAGCCCUCCCUCCUCGAUUGCUCCCACAAAAUAUGACAUCUUCAGACAGCUUUCUCUCGAUGGCCCUGGAUUAGGCUUUGAAGAAGCAAAAGACCACACCCCUUCAUCUGCGAAGAGUGAAGACGACUUUGCCGACUUCCAUUCCAACAAGUUUUCCUCCAAUUCUGACAAAUCCCUGGUUGACAAACUGGCGGCUUUCAAGCAUGCCAAAGAGGACUCUGCCUCAGUCAAGUCCCUGGACCUCCCGUCCAUCGGGGGCAGCAGUGUGGGCAAGGAAGACUCUGAAGAUGCACUCUCUGUCCAGUUUGACAUGAAACUGGCAGACGUGGGAGGAGACCUUAAGCAUGUCAUGUCUGAUAGUUCUUUGGAUUUACCAACCGUUAGUGGCCAGCAUCCGCCAGCAGCAGAUCUUGAUGACUUGAAAGGUGCCAUCUUUGGAAGCUAUAGCCACGGUUCUGCUCUGAGUAGCUUUCCAAGCUAUGACUGGUCCGAUAAGGAAGACACCUACCAGAGCAGGAAGUUCUCCUCCUUCCCACUUCCCCCAGGAAGUGGUUCCUCCUCAGCUACAUCUGUCUUUCAGAAGAAAGAGACCUUGUUCGGCAGCUCAGAAAAUAUCACCAUGACCACUGUUUCUAAAGUAACGACUUUCACUAGCGAGGAUGCUCUCCAGGACGUGACGUUUUCACCCUUUGCGAACUUCAAAGGUUCUGCUCCUCAGUCUACAGACCAGAGCGACGAUGACGUGGAAGACUUUGGGGAAUUUGCAAGACCUUUGGCAGAGGUACCCGAAGCUCCAGCUGCGAUCCAAGAGGCAGGUGCCAGCGGUGCUUCCUUGGGAGUAACUAAAGAAGGCACAGAUGACUUCGGAGAGUUUCAGAGCGAGAAACCCAAGAUCAGCAAGUUUGACUUCUUACUGGCCACUUCCCAAGGAAAAAUGAAAUCUAGCGAAGAAAUGAUCAAGAGUGAGCUUGCAACCUUUGACCUCUCUGUGCAAGGAUCUCACAAAAGGAGCUUGAGCUUGGGUGACAGAGAGAUAAACCGCUCCUCACCUUUGCCAGCCCUGGAGCAGCCGUUCAGAGAUCGGUCAAAUACCCUGAGUGAGAAGCCUGCCCUGCCCGUCAUCAGAGACAAAUAUAAAGAUCUGACGGGGGAAGUAGAGGAAAGCGAGAGGUAUGCUUAUGAAUGGCAGAGAUGCUUGGAAAGUGCUCUCCAAAUCAUCAAGAAGGCAAAUGACACCCUGAAUGGAAUCAGCAGUUCCUCUGUGUGCACAGAGGUCAUCCAGUCUGCCCAAGGCAUGGAAUAUUUGUUAGGGGUCAUAGAGGUCUACAGAGUGACCAAACGAGUGGAGUUAGGCAUCAAAGCAACAGCUGUCUGUAGCGAGAAACUCCAGCAGCUGCUAAAGGACAUCGACAAAGUAUGGAACAACCUGAUCAGCUUCAUGUCGCUCGCUGCUUUAACGCCUGAUGAAAACUUGCUGGACUUCUCUUCUUGUAUGCUUCGCCCUGGAAUUAAAAACGCUCAAGACCUGGCUUGUGGUGUGUGUCUCUUGAAUGUCGAUUCUAGGAGUAAAAAAGAAGAGAAGCCUGCGGAAGAACCUCCUAGAGAAGCCUUUAAUUCGGAGACUGACAAUUUCAAACUUGCCUACGGAGGGCACCAGUACCAUGCCAGCUGUGCCAACUUCUGGAUCAAUUGUGUGGAGCCCAAGCCCCCGGGUCUCAUUCUGCCUGACCUGCUGUGAAGACUUCUGCCGAUA